UCGCACCGCCACGUCGCGCCGCGCGCAUCAAAGCUCCUCUAAUUAUACACGCCAGUGCUAGCCCAUAGCCCACUACCGCUCAUACCCGAUGACCUACUGACAGUGAAUUGUGUUUUCAUACCGCUUGUGAAAAGUGACCACGUCCACGAGCCGGCAAACGUACGAGAAAGCUGAUAUGAUAAAUAUUUUAUGAUUACACAAAUAUCGUAUACAAUAACCAACUGUUUGUGAAAUAAUAGUUUAAAGUAUUCAUUCAAAAUUACAAUAAAUAAAAUCAAACGGUGUUUUUAAAGGUGCAUAGAUAAUGACGGUGCAUUAAUUUCGUUACUUUCUUAGUUUUAUAUAAAACCAAGAGUAAAACAAUAAAAUCGUAAUGUCGUCUCGUACCGGUCAACGUGGUACGUCGGUAGCGACCAGUCAGCGGAAGUACCGGUCCCGGUCCGCCCCGCGGUACGACAUGGAAAAGAAGGCCAAGAAAAAGGAUCUCCGUACAUCAGGGACUAACAGUCUGGUAUCAAUACCAAACAGCAUGAAACUUAUCAUGCUUAAUAGUGGCCUCAUCUCCUUUGACCGAGUGACGUUUAGACCAGAGCUGGACGAUAACGGAUCAAUAUCAGAAACAAUACCGGACCGCCCCGUCGAGCUCAAGAACUUCGCGAAGCUUUGCGAGCAAAGAAGAAAAUUUCCAGUUCUUUAUAAAUUAGAAUUUCAGAUGGCAGUAAAGGUAGAAACGCAUUCUUGUCGACAUGCAGCAAAGAAGACGAAUCUACAUAAAAAUCAAAACCAGAAAGUAUUACCUUAUGAUUACAACAGGGUGGUACUGGACACAGUUGACCGGGAACCAGAUUCCGAUUACAUCAACGCUUCCUACAUAGAUAGUAUAUUAAAGCCUAACGCGUACAUAGUAACCCAGGGGCCAACCGAGGAGACUGUGGUAGAUUUCUGGCGUAUGAUUUGGCAGGAACGAGCUGCUGCCAUUGUCAUGUUGACUAAAACCUUCGACUUCAUAAAGGUCAUGUGUGUUCAGUACUGGCCACCAAAUAAAGAGAAAGACGAAACCUAUGGCGACAUCAGCGUUGGAAUUGUCCAAGAAGAAGAACUUGCCAACUUCCACAUUCGUACAUUCAGACUGUACAAAAGUGAAAAAAGUGUUGUGGUAGAGGAACGUUUCAUUCUGCAGUUCCAUUACACGCAGUGGCACUCCCACACGUGUCCCUUCAGCAACGCUUUACUGGAGUUCAGACGCCGUGUCAGGGCUGUAGUGGGCCGUCGAUUAGCAACUAAUCCCGCCGCUGGACCUAUGGUGGUUCACUGCAAUGACGGUGGCGGAAGGUCAGGCGUAUACCUAGCAAUAGACGCUAAUCUAGAACUAGCUGAAGAAGAAGACAGCUUUGAUGUAUACGGAUAUUUAAAGAAGCUGAGGAAAUCUCGAAAAGGUCUUAUCGAAAACGAGGAACAAUACAAAUUCGUUUACGACACACUGGAGGAGCAUGUUGUUUGCGGCAUUUCAUGGUUUCCAGUAUCGGAACUAUCACAAAGACUGAAGCAGAAAUCUCAAAGGGAUCCAGUAACAAAACUUAAUGAAUACCAAAAAGAGUAUCAGCAGAUUUGCAAACAGACUCCCCGGUUCACGAUCGGCGACUGUGCCGGCGGCCAUCGGGGAGACAACAGAGAGAAAAACCGGGAUGUUUUAGUCGUGCCUCCUGAUAAUUUUCGCCCGUACUUGACAUCCUUUCAAGGAAAUAGUUUUACGGAUUACAUCAACGCAGUAUUCGUUGACGGUUACACGAAGCCCCGUGAGUAUAUAGUUACGGAAUGGCCCUUAAUAAGAACUCAAGGAGAGUUUUGGUCCUUAGUGUACGAUUACGAAUGCGCCGCUGUUGUCGUAUUGUGUGUUCCUCCGAAAAAUUCUCAACAAUAUCCACCGUUCUGGCCAGAAGGACGUCAUUCUAAAAAGUACGGUCCAGUGUUUACUAUCGAUCAUGUUUCCCACAAUCAUUACACCAACAUCAAAACCUGGAUAUUUAGAAUUAACAAAAAGAUAGUAUCGCUGACGGAGCUGAUGGCCGGUGUGAAGGCGCCCCCGAAGACCGUGCAGUUGUUCCAGCUGACGUGUUGGCCGAUGGGCCACAAGGUGCCCUCCUCCACCAACUCCCUGGUCGAGCUCAUGAACAUGGUGGAGCGCUGGCGGCAGCGCACUGACUACGGACCUGUCUGUGUUGUCUCCCCAGAUGGACGAAGUCGUGCGGGAGUGUAUUGCGCGGCGAACGCCUGCAUCGAACAAGUCAUUCAACACGGCGAAGUUGAUGUGUUCCAGGCCGUCAAAACUGUGCGCCGACAUCGACCGCAACUUGUCGAGAACAUGACUGAAUACAAAUACUGCUACGACCUUGUGCUGCAUUAUGUGCUGCAUUAUUUAAAUAAGGACAUGAAUGAAAAAAAGUGAGAGUGUGAAUUGAAAGACGAACUCUGGUUCAUCGAGUUUGGACGCGGUGCGGCUCUACCCACAACGCCGGAGGAGACUAGUCCGACGGCACGGCCGCGCGACAAGCGGCAGCAACGCCCGCUGCGGCCUCGGCGCGGCUUGUCGCUCGACCGUUUGCUGCCGACUCCCUCGCGGCCGCCGCUGCCGCACGCAGCCACGAUGGAGGCACCGCGUCGACCUCGCCGCGACCGUCCACCCCUGCGCCGCUCCAUACGUCUCGAAGAUGAAGAAGGCGCAGCAGAGGAACGUCGCCGAGUAUUCGGCCACGGCCCGCGUGCUCCUUCUUUUGAUGAAGGAGACGUGAGCGACGAACACGAUGUAGAAUGUGAAUGUCGCAGAUCAUUCGAGCGUUCAGGUCCCUCCGCCGAAACGCAAGAAGAUGAAGACGAAUACGAACCAGAGUUCGUCACCUCUCCACCUAUCGAACCUUUACCGAAAGCACACCCGCACAUGCGCGGCGUUUCCGCAGACCGUGUACUGGACCGGAGGGACGGUAUGUUCGGUCCACGUGGACCUUCUCGAGCUCAUUCUCAAGGAGUAUUUGAGCGGCGAUUACCAAAGAUUUAUAAAUUGGGAUUGAUAGAUAAAUCUAAGCGAGCGAGUUCUAGUGCACUUUAUGAUCGAGCCGAUCGAUCUCCUACCGAGGCCUUCUACAAUGCGACCGGUUCAACGCGACUCAGUUCGCAGGAGCUAUUUGAGAAAUUUUGUUCAGAAGAUUUUACUUCGCUCUACGGACGGGAAGACGAUCGACGCCGGCGUCCCCCGCAUUCGAAGUCGACGGGAAGCAGCGGUUCGGAUGUCCGACACGAAAGAGCAUGUUGCAAGCGAACACCUUGCGGUUCGCAGCCGGCGCUUUCUCGUCGUCAAAUAUACCACGCUCCGCGAUCAGAUCGCUCCACGGACUCCGAAGAAAUGUCACCGCGGCGUGCCGGUAUAAGGCCUUUACCACUCGAAGGCAGUGUACAAACGUCAGAAGACUGUUCUCGAUCGGCCCCACUUCUUAGCCCGGAUAGAUUCGAGGCGCGCUUCACUUUUGAUAUAUCUGAAAGAAGCGAAGUUACUUCAAAUCGUGAUGAGACUCCGUCUGAUGCUACAGAGACACGGAAUCUAACUUUAUACGAGGAACCGCACUCCGAUCGUACCAGCAUUUGUGAAUUAUACGACGCCGCAUUUACAUCUCAUAGACCUUCUUUUAGAAGAGAUGGCUCGAAACGGCGAAUGGGUCCGUUUGACUUAAGCGCCCUAGACUUUCGACCUAUCGACGAUGAAAGUCCGCGUGCGAGUCGUCGUACCUCACAAAGGAGCGUCGAUGAUACUAUGCGUCAAACCUCGGAGACCCGAAGCUGGGCCUCGGAUUCGGUAUUCGCAACUCCGGAGCGUCGAGUAGCGGAUACGUCACCAUCUUCUACCGGUACUCGACGUUAUUUAGCGGUUCAGGUCGAGUCUCCUCGAGCUGAUUCUGCAGCGGCAGAUUCCACUCUCGCGGAUACUACCGUGACAGAAGAACCUAGUGUGAUCGAACGUUCCGAAUACGCGUUAGCUUUAAAGCUCGGGCGGAUAGACUUGGAGGAUGCACUAGAUCGCCCGGCGUCUACAUUGACAGCGGACAGUGCAAGAUUAUCUAGUAGGCCUUCUAUGCAUAAACUCGAACCCAUAGAGCCCGAACGCCUGUGUGGCGGAGCCGGAGGUGUGGCUGGUGGCAUUGAGAGCGAGGCAGAGAGCACCCGGGCGAGUUCCGUGGCAGCGGGGGCGAGUGCGUCAGCGACGUCGACGCUCGGCCGGCG